CUUGAGAGGGAUUCCGCGCACUUUGUUCUCAGUCACAUGAGAACGCUCGUUUCAGGACACUGUGCGCGAAAGAAUUAUGCGACGCUUAUAUUGGCGAAAAAAUAAAUUGCUAAUACUUGGAAUUGUGUUCUUUGGUUUGUUUGUUUUAUGGAUAAGUACCAACAAGCCUGAGCAUAAUAAGGUUCACGAAGACCGUGCGUAUCUGCCCGUUGACAAAGCACCAGAGGAGGCGCUUAAACAAGUUGGUGACUCUCCAGGAAUAAAUGCAGCCUAUAAGUAUCACGCGGAAAAUCCCAUUCCAAAACCAGUGGCUAAUGCUCCACAGUUUCCCAAUGUCCGCCUACAUCCCCCUAUCGAUAAAGAUCCAGUUCCUGGAAAAGUACAACUAGACCUUGCGAAUAAAAGUGAUAAUGAUGAUAAACUUCCUUUUCGUGAUAUAAUACCUCCUGCUGAUGAACCUGAGGAAGACAAUGGAGUUAUUCAACCUAUGGAUUUUGACAAUGAAGUGGACGUACCAGAUCCCGAGUAUGCUGAGCAUGGUAACUCAAACGGGACAUCAGACCGAGACCAUCUUCCCGUUGACAAAGCACCAGAGGAGGCGCUUAAACAAGUUGGUGACUCUCCAGGAAUAAAUGCAGCCUAUAAGUAUCACGCGGAAAAUCCCAUUCCAAAACCAGUGGCUAAUGCUCCACAGUUUCCCAAUGUCCGCCUACAUCCCCCUAUCGAUAAAGAUCCAGUUCCUGGAAAAGUACAACUAGACCUUGCGAAUAAAAAUGACAAUGAUGAUAAGCUUCCUUUUCGUGAUAUAAUACCUCCUGCUGAUGAGCCUGAGGAAGACAAUGCAGUUAUUCAACCUAUGGAUUUUGACAAUGAAGUGGACGUACCAGAUGCAGAGUAUGGUCAGCAUAGUAACUCAAACGGGUCAUCAGCCAUUGCAAAAUUGGGUUUAUUUCCGAGUUCUCCACCUCCAAAAAGCGACGAACAUUCAACCGGUCCUGGCGAAGGUGGUAAACCAUACGAAGUGGAACGUGAUGAGUUGCCACCAGCUGAACGUGAAAAAUUCGAUCAAGGAUGGAUGGAUAACGCUUUCAAUCAAUAUGCUAGUGAUCGUAUCAGUGUUAGACGAUAUUUACCAGACUAUCGAGAAGGAAAGUGUAAAGUGGAUACAUACUCACCAAAUCUACCGUCUACAUCUGUUAUAAUCUGUUUUCACAAUGAAGCUUGGUCAGCUUUAUUGCGUUCUGUACAUUCAGUGAUCGAUCGAUCUCCAGCACAUUUAUUACGUGAGGUUAUACUGGUUGAUGAUUUUUCUAAUCUACCUCAUCUCAAAGAAGCACUGGAGGAAUAUAUGCAAAUGCUAAAAAUUGUUAAAAUUGUUCGCACCAAACAACGUGAAGGUUUGAUUAGAGCUCGAAUGCUUGGCGCGGAGCGUAGUACUGGUGAUGUGCUUGUAUUUCUGGACUCUCAUAUUGAAUGCACUACAGGUUGGCUUGAACCACUCUUAGAGCGUAUUGCUUAUAAUUCGUCAAUUGUUGUUGUUCCUGUGAUAUCAGCAAUAAAUGAUAAAGAUUUAAGAGUUUAUGUAGCUAAACCUCAAGAUGUUCAAGUUGGUGGUUUUGAUUGGGGUUUAAUAUUUCGUUGGCAUGAACAAACUGAACGUGACAAAAAUAGACCUGGUGCACCGUAUUCACCUGUCAGGACGCCUACUAUGGCUGGUGGUUUGUUCGCGAUAAGUCGAGAUUACUUUAAUCAUCUUGGCAAAUAUGAUCCUGGUAUGGAAGUAUGGGGAGGUGAGAAUUUGGAGAUGUCAUUCAAGAUUUGGAUGUGUGGUGGGAUUUUGGAAACUAGUGUCUGCAGUUAUGUUGGGCACAUAUUCCGCGGUCGUUCACCAUACAAAUGGGAUGUUAAAGUGAAAGAUCCCUUGAAGAGGAAUUUACUUCGAUUGGCUGAAGUUUGGCUUGAUGAUUAUAAACGAUUUUAUUAUGAACGUAUUGGUUUUAAAAGUGUCGAUUAUGGUGAUAUUUCAGAACGUAAGGCCUUACGUGAAAAUCUGAAAUGUCAUUCAUUCGAAUGGUAUUUAACUAAUAUCUAUCCAGAAUUAUAUGUACCUUCAAAAGUCUUAGCGUCUGGUGAUAUUGAAAAUGUUGCUGCUCCUCAGUGCUUAGAUGCACCAAUACCGAAUAAGAAAGAUCGUAAAACAGUGAUUAUUAAAGCAUGGCCAUGUCAUAAACAAGGAGGCAAUCAAUUCUGGUUAUUAUCACCUGAAAAUGAGAUUAGACGAGAUGAUUAUUGUUGGGACUCGGGUGUAAAGGAAGGAAGCAUUGGUUUGUUAAGUUGUCAUGGUUCACACGGGAAUCAAAUGUUUACAUAUGAAAAUGAUAACACUAUUCGUCAUCAAGGCCAGUGUUUAGAAAUGAAACCUAAUACUGCUUUAGUAAGACUUGCUAGAUGUACUGGUUCAGUAAAUCAACGAUGGAAAUUCAGUAGAAAGCCGUAUCUGCCAUCUAUAGAGAAUAAUGAAUCAUUUUGA